AGGGGAGAGGCGGAGGUCAUGGACAUCUACGAUAGCGACGAUGAAGACGACCCCGUUGUCCAGACUAUCGACGUGUUUCUGUCGCAGAACUUGUCGGGUGUUCGUGACAGCAGCGGCAAAUCGGACGAGGUCAUGCUAUUCCAGUACCCUCUGCGCCCUAAGUGGAGGCCGCUGAAUGAAGGAUGGAACCUGGAGAAGGUGUCUUACCGUCCGAAGAACGAGAUGAUUGAGAUGGACUUCAAGAGUGAAAAAACGAACGAUGAGUUUCUGCACAAGCUGGUAUCGUCCAAGGUCAUCCCAAGAACCUCCUACGCCAUCGGGCUGUUGAGAGACGACCAGCUCCAUCUCACUCCCCUUCAGAGCAUCUAUCAGUUCAGGCCGCGCUUCGACAACAAGGAUGAGGAAGAUGUCCUUAAUGCUGA